CUGUCUUGGCGCUGCACCCACUUGUGAAAUCAGACUCUUACGACCGAAUUCAAAUACUGAAAUGCUCACCACUAUUUUUAUGUUUUUAUGACAUCACUGUUGAAUUGAUCUUCUUAUCUAAUCCUUAGGGGCAGAUUCAUACAAUUGUACAACUGAGACUGGAAACGAAAUAUUAGGAGGGAAAAUUUAAAGAACGCUUAUUUCUUAAAAUCGCAGAAAUAUAAAUUUAAUUUAAAUAACAUUUUUUUAAAAGAAAAAAGAAAAAAAAAAAAAAAAAAAGGAAAAUGCUCGAACGGUUUUGUGCUACCAUACUCCGACCCAUCUGCUUCUCACUCUCAUUCCCUUGCAGGAUCAGGUAUAUAUCAAAGUGUGCAAGUUGUUUGAUGGAUCAUGAAAAUUUACUUCCAAGUGGCAGGAGCCUUGCCAGUUUUCGACUCUGCAGUGUGUCUGGUUAUACAACCGAGUUACUUGAUAUUCAUGCUGAAGAACCUAAAUUGCAUGUUCUAUUCAUCCCUGGAAAUCCUGGUGUUGCUUCAUUUUACAAGGACUUUGUGGAGUCACUCUAUGAGCUACUUGGAGGAAGUGUAUCUGUGACAGCUAUUGGGCAUGUAUCACAUACAAAAAAGAACUGGGAACAUGGAAGGUUGUUCUCAUUACAGGACCAAAUUGAUCAUAAGAUGGACUUCAUCCAACAUGAGCUAAAAAAUAUUGAUGCUCCUAUUUUACUGGUUGGGCACUCUAUUGGUGCAUAUAUAUCUAUGGAAAUGUUCAGGAGAUCCCCAGACAAGGUUAUCUAUUAUGUUGGACUAUAUCCAUUUUUGGCAUUAAACUCAGAAUCCAGGAAGCAGACUACCAUUGGGAAGAUUUCAGCGUCCCCAAUUCUAUGUGCUGCUCUAAGUUCCAUUGUGGCAUUUUUGGGAUUAUUACCAAGAUGGGCUUCUGGGUUUAUUGUAUCAAAUUCUCUUGGGAAAUCAUGGUCUUCUACUGCAGUUGAAGCUCUUUGCUCCCACCUACUGAAGUACCACACAAUUCGGAAUGUGCUCUAUAUGGCAAUGACAGAGUUCACAAGGCUUUCAGAACCUCUGGAUUGGGUAUUUAUGAGAGAAAAGCGAAGCCAGAUAGCUUUUUUAUUUGGUGUUGAUGAUCACUGGGGACCGUUGCAAAUGCUUGAGGAGAUUUCCAAGCAGGCCCCAGAUGUUGCUCUAUCAAUAGAAAGAGAGGGCCAUUCUCAUGCUUUCUGUUGCACUGAAGCUGGCUCAUUAUGGGUAGCUCAGCAUGUUGCAAACUUGAUCAAGAAUCAAAUAUCAAGUGCAGACUAGAAGGGUCAGACUCCAGUCUUGCUACCCUUUUGUUUUAGUGACUGAGUUUAAUUGGUUCAUGAUGUGGGUCAAGAGGGUGUUGGUUGUUGGUUAGCAUCUGAAAUUAGUCUCAUUUCAUUCUGUUUUUAUUCUGAAAUCAGAUUAUUUUGUUGUCUAGCUGAUAAACAUUGUGAUUUGUUUUGUGAACACAAAUUUCUACGUUUCUUGUUAAUUACCAUUUCACAAUAUCAGUAGCAACCCUGUUUUACUUGAUCUAA